AUGCAGAUAGAAGAUGAAGAUUUUCUGGAAUUCGACUACAUUUUUGGCAUGGACGAUAAAAACAUUUCGAAUUUGAAAGGCCAACAACCACCAGAGAGCAGAGCAAAGAUUUUGUUGCUAGGAGAUUUUGAUCCCGAGGGAGACAAGAUCAUCCGUGACCCAUAUUAUGACUCCGGAUCCGAGGGUUUCGAGAAGUGCUACCAACAAUGUGUCAGAUCCUGCAACGGAUUUUUGGAUCAGUUGGAGCAAGGAAAAAUUUAA